GUCCGCCUCCGGGCGGGUACUUGAGGACCUGGUGACGUCGCGCAGGCGCGACGCGGCGUCCGAGGUGGCGGGGCUGGGACAGAGGUCCGCGGCUGAGGCUAGCGCGGCGGCGGGGCUGGCCCUGGACUCGCGGCCGCCGAGGGGUCCCAGGGGACUCCCGAGGCCCUGUCCCUGGGCCUCAGUGCUUUCAACUGGAGCAGAAGCGACUGGAAGGCAGACCAGCCGCCAUGUCGUCGUUCCGACAGGAAGACGUGGAGGACCACUAUGAGAUGGGCGAGGAGCUGGGCAGUGGCCAGUUCGCCAUCGUGCGGAAGUGCCGGCAGAAGGGCACUGGAAAGGAGUAUGCGGCUAAGUUCAUCAAGAAGCGCCGCCUGGCGUCCAGCCGGCGUGGUGUCAGCCGGGAGGAGAUCGAGCGGGAGGUGAGCAUCCUGCGGGAGAUCCGGCACCCCAACAUCAUCACUCUGCAUGACGUCUUUGAGAACAAGACGGACGUGGUGCUCAUCCUGGAGCUGGUCUCUGGUGGGGAGCUCUUCGACUUCCUGGCAGAGAAGGAGUCGCUGACCGAGGACGAGGCCACCCAGUUCCUCAAGCAGAUCCUGGAUGGCGUUCACUACCUUCACUCCAAGCGCAUCGCUCAUUUCGACCUUAAGCCAGAAAAUAUCAUGCUUCUGGACAAGAAUGUGCCCGACCCCCGGAUCAAGCUCAUCGACUUCGGCAUUGCCCACAAGAUUGAAGCAGGGAAUGAGUUCAAGAACAUCUUCGGCACCCCGGAGUUUGUGGCUCCUGAGAUUGUCAACUAUGAGCCCCUGGGCCUGGAGGCAGACAUGUGGAGCAUUGGCGUCAUCACCUACAUCCUCCUUAGUGGCGCGUCCCCAUUCCUGGGUGAAACCAAGCAGGAGACCUUGACCAACAUCUCGGCCGUGAACUACGACUUCGACGAGGAGUACUUCAGCAGCACCAGCGAGCUGGCCAAGGACUUCAUCCGCCGGCUGCUGGUCAAAGAUCCCAAGAGGAGAAUGACCAUCGCCCAGAGCCUGGAGCAUUCCUGGAUCAAGGCCAUCCGGAGGCGCAAUGUCCGCAGUGAGGACAGCAGCAAGAAGCCUGAGCGGCGGCGCCUGAAGACCACACGGCUCAAGGAGUACACCAUCAAGUCGCACUCGAGUAUGCCGCCCAACAACACCUACGCCAACUUCGAGCGCUUCUCCAAGGUGCUGGAGGAGGUGGCGGCUGCCGAGGAGGGGCUGCGCGAGCUGGAGCGUGGCCGCCGGCUGUGUCGCGAGGACGUGGAGGCGCUGACGGCCAUCUACGAGGAGAAGGAGGCCUGGUACAAGGAGGAGAGCGACAGCCUGGGCCAGGACCUGAGGCGGCUGCGGCAGGAGCUGCACAGGACGGAGGCGCUGCAGCGGCAGGCGCAGGAGGAGGCCAGGGGUGCCCUGCUGGGGGCCAGUGGGCUCAAGCGCCGCUUCAGCCGCCUCGAGAACCGCUACGAGGCGCUGGCCAAGCAGGUGGCCUCCGAGAUGCGCUUUGUGCAGGACCUGGUGCGCGCCCUGGAGCAGGAGAAGCUGCAGGGCGGGGAGUGCAGCCUGCGCUAGUGGCCUGGUCACCCCUCUGCAGCCCAGGGUCACGCCGGCAGCCCUCUCCUCAGCGGAACCACCUCCCCUGUGGCCAGGGCCUUAGCUUCUGCAGCAGGCUUGGAAAGGGGCCACCGCCUAGAUGGCACUGGCCACAGUGGGUGUCAUGGCCUCGAGCACUGCCUGGUGGUGGGGGUGGCGGCCAGGUCCCAGGAUCACCGUGGGCCCCUGAGCGGGCAGGCAGAAGCUGACAGCCUGGAGUGGUGUUUGUCCGUGGGUUCAUGCUGGGCAGCGGGCCCCAUCCUGCCCAGCAGGUGGCUCUUGAGCCCCAAUCAGCCCAGUCCACAAAUGCUUGCCCCACUGUGUGACGGGCCUGGCCUUGUGCUGUGUCCUGAUGAUCAAGCUCUGCUGGUGACUGAUGCCCUUCCCGCUGCUCUGGCCUGGCGUAGCCGCACAGUUCUAUAACCCCAGUGGCUUUGGAGGCUGAGGCAGGAGGAUGCAAGUUCAAAGCCAGCCUCAUCAGCUUAGUGAGACCCUGUCUCUUAAAUAAAAAGGGCUGGGGAUGUGGCUCAGUGGUCAAGUGCCCCUGGGUUCAACCCCCAGUACCAGGAAAAAAAAAAAAAAAAGCUGGUGUUCUGGGGAGCUUGGCAGUAAAUGGAGCGUUGGUUGAUGCUGGUCUUGGGGCCCAGGGAGAGUCUCAGUGCUGGGUGAAGGGGCACUGGGGUCUGAGCAGGGGCUGUAAAGCAGCCACCACCUUCUUGGUCCCCCAGAAGCAUCUGAGGGGCCCUGUGCUGUGUGCCGUCCUCCUGUUCCUAGUGGUGCCAGGAUGCACCUGCCCUGAACAGCACAGCCCCAGCCUGUCCCUUGGCUGCAGUGCCCAGUGGCCCUCAGGGUAUUCUCGCUCCUGUCUCUGUUGGCUGUGUGGAUGAGGUCCCCCAGGACUGCCUGCAACAGGCUGGGAAAGUGUGGCUCUGCCUCGCCCUGCUGGUUUCCCUGGACCGCCUGCCCCGAGCCGCUAGGUGGCAGUUUGGACUAAGGCACUGGGUGGCCAGUGCCAUAGGGUGCCACUAGGUGUCGCCUCAGCCUACCGGGAAGCCUUGGAUGGGGGGGCAGUGUGCAGGUUGAGGCCAUUCCCUGGUCCUCCAUGGUCAAGAGCCCCCCGCGGUGGGUGUGUGGCUCCUUUGAGUGCUGAUGCCUUUGCAAAGGGCUGGCUGGACAGGAGCCCGUGCAGAGGAGCCGGGGCCCCGGGAGCAGCAGCCCCACCGCAGUCCUGGCCUGCCGGUGCCGGCCCUGCAGCUCAGCACCAGGUGCAGGAGACAGGUCUCCCGUCGGGGAAGAUCGGGUGCAGUGGCUGUGACUGGCCCGUGCUCUGCCCUGUCCGGACCCUGCCCGUAGAGGCGCUGUGGGGCACAGCUCAGCUGGGGGCCUCAGGGAGGGCCCCCAGCACCACCCUCCACUAAGCCCCGUGAGUUCUUUAACAAUGCUUUGUGCUUGGGAGAUGGAGGUCAGUCUGCAGUGCUGUCCAGCGGGGCACAUCACAGGUGGGAGGACACUGCCCGCAGACUUGCGCAGGGAUGUUCACGGAGGCACAGUGGCAGUGCCUUGAAGGAAACACUCCCGCUGACAGACACAGUGCGCUCCCCCUCCUGGGGCGUGUGUGUGCCCCAGUGUCAGGAGACAUCCAAGACAGGAGUCAGAGAUGGGACAUGGAUUGGUGGGUGCUGGGCUGAGGCUUGCCUUGGGAUGACAGUGACAGUGUGAAUGUGCUCGAUUGUCACCAAUGGUGGAAUUUGUUAUGUGUGUUUUCGCACACAAAAUACAUGGAAGUGGGGCUCAGGGGCAGAGUGCUUGCUGGCGCGUGUGAGGCACUGGGUUCGAUUCUCAGCACCACAUAACAAUAAAGGCCUGCUGUCCGUCUA